AUGGACUUAGCAGGUCAAGCUCAUGUGCUGGUGGUGUUACUCACCUGCCUGGUCUUGCUGUCCUGGGCCCAAGAGAAGGACUACACGGUGAGAGAGGAGCAGCCCGAGAAUGUUCGCAUCGGGAACCUACGGAAGGACUUGGACCUGAACCUUGACCCUGACUUCAAGCUGUCCUCGCCACUGCAGUUCAAGCCCGUCUACAAAACGGGCGAUGUGCCUUUGGUGAGGGUAGAGGCCAACACCGGGGAGAUCUUCACCACGGCUCAUCGUAUCGACCGAGAGAAGCUCUGCUCGGGAGUAUUCAACAAGAAGCGCUGCUUCUACGAGAUCGAAGUAGCCGUUCUGCCCGACGAGAUCUUCCGUCUGGUUAAGAUCCGGUUCCUGAUUGAGGACAUCAAUGACAACGCUCCACUCUUCCAGUCCACCGUAAUAAACAUUUCCAUCCCAGAGAACACUGCCAUCAACACCCGGUACCCCGUGCCCUCUGCAUUUGACCCAGAUGUGGGGAUCAAUGGGAUCCAACACUAUGAACUUGUCAAGAGUGUAAGUGAGUUUGGCCUAGACAUCAUCGAGACCCCAGAGGGAGACAGAUGGCCUCAGCUGAUCGUCCAGCAGAGCCUGGACCGCGAGCAGAAGGACACCUUCGUCAUGAAGAUCAAGGUGGAGGACGGAGGAACGCCACCCAAGUCCAGCACGGCCAUCCUCCAGGUCACCAUCUCCGACGUCAACGACAAUCGGCCGGUCUUCAAGGACAGUGAGGUGGAGGUGAACAUCCCCGAGAACGCCCCCAUAGGAACCUCCGUCACCCAGCUCCACGCCACGGACGCAGACCUCGGCUCCAACGCCCAGAUCCACUUCUCCUUCUCCAACCAGAUCUCCUCAUCCACCAAGAGGCAUUUUUCCAUAGACAGCACCACCGGGCUGAUCACUGUUAAGCAGCCCUUAGACAGAGAAGCCGCUCCGGUCCACAAACUCAUCGUCCUGGCCAGCGAUGGCAGCUCCACCCCCUCCAGAGCUACGGUUAUCGUCAACGUAACGGACAUUAAUGACAACGUUCCGUCCAUAGACACUCGGUAUAUAAUGAACCUUGUAAAUGGAACGGUUCUACUGUCAGAGAACGCUCCUCUCAACACAAAAAUAGCCCUAAUUACAGUGACGGACAAGGACUCGGAUCUGAACGGCAAAGUGACUUGUUACACUGACCAUGACGUUCCUUUCAGGUUAAAGCCAGUCUUUAAUGACCAGUUCCUGCUGGAGACUGCGGCCCCCUUAGAUUACGAAACAACCAGGGAAUAUGCAAUUAAGAUAGUAGCGUCGGAUUCAGGGAAGCCUCCUUUGAACACUUCAGCGAUGGUUUUAAUAAAAAUUAAGGACGAGAAUGACAACGCUCCCAUCUUCCCUCAGCCUGAGAUUCAGCUGUCCAUACCAGAGAACAAUGAUCCAUCCACGCAGCUCAUAAAGAUCAGUGCCACGGAUGCAGACAGCGGACAUAAUGCAGAGAUUAUUUAUUCUCUUGGCCCUGACGCGCCUGAUGGGUUUAACAUAGAUAGACGGUCAGGAAUCCUCUCCGUUGGCAAACGCCUGGAUAGAGAGAAGCAAGAGAAGUAUUCGUUCACUGUCAUGGCGAGGGACAAUGGGUCUACUUCGCUGCAGAGCAAUGUCACAGUGAGGUUAAUAGUGCAGGACCUCAACGACAACAGCCCAGCUUUCACCCAUCCUGAGUAUAACUUCUACGUGCCUGAGAACCUGCCUCUGUACGGGACCGUGGGUCUGAUCACCGUCACAGAUUCUGACGCAGGUGACAACUCUGUCAUAACACUGUCCAUCCUGAACGGGAAAGACAAUUUCCUUAUUGAUCCCCAGACCGGUGUAAUCAAACCCAACCUCACAUUUGAUAGAGAGCAGCAGAGCUCAUACACUUUUAUGGUGAAGGCUAUAGAUGGAGGGCAACCACCCAGCACUUCAUACGCCAAGGUCACCAUAAACGUUGUGGAUGUCAAUGACAAUCGACCCGUUUUUGUUAUUCCCUCGUCCAACUACUCUUACGAUCUGGUCCAGUCUACCACCAGCCCUGGGUCUGUGGUCACCAGGGUGUUCGCUAUAGACAAUGACACUGGCAUGAAUGCUGAGCUGCAGUACAGCAUCAUUGGGGGAUCACCAAGAGGGCUGUUUGCCAUAGACAAAACAACUGGUAAUAUAACUCUGCAGGAGAAGAUAGUCUCAGCCGAUCAGGGUUUACACAGGCUAGUGGUGAAAGUCAAAGACCUGGGCCAGCCAGAGUCCUUACACGCAAUCGCCCUCAUUCACCUGUUCAUUAACGAGACUGUAUCCAACGCUACGUUCAUUCAAGAGCAGCUACGUAAGAGCUUGGAGACUCCAUUGGACCGCAACGUGGGAGACAGUGAGGUCACACCCCAAGCCAACGGAUACGUGAUUGUUGUCAUCGCUAUUAUAGCUGGGACUAUGACAGUCAUCUUAGUCAUUUUCGUGACAGCCUUAGUGCGCUGUCGUCAGACGCCCAGGCACAAAGUGGUGCAGAAGGGCAAGCAGAGCGGCGAGUGGGUGUCGCCCAACCAGGAGAACCGUCAAAUCAAGAAGAAAAAGAAGAAAAAGAAGAGAUCCCCUAAGAGCCUCCUCUUGAACUUUGUCACCAUAGAAGAAUCCAAGCCUGAUGAUGCCAGCCAGGAGCACAUUAAUGGAACCCUGGACCUGCCUGUGGAGCUAGAUGAGCAGACCAUGGGGAAAUACAACUGGGCCACUACGCCGACCACCUUCAAACCUGACAGUCCAGACUUAGCCAAGCAUUACAAGUCUGCCUCCCCCCAGCCAACCUUCCAAAUCAAACCAGAGACCCCGAUGGCGCCAAAUAAACACCACGUGAUUCAGGAGCUCCCGCUAGACAACACGUUUGUGGUGGGCUGUGACUCGCACUCCAAGUGCUCCUCCACCAGCUCAGACCCGUACUCGGUCUCAGAGUGCAGCUGUCAGGGGGGAUUCAAGACUUCUGGGCAAAUCCACACCAGACAGUCAGAACAGGUCCCAGGACUGGACAUCCCUGCCCCUGCAGUCAGAACAGGUCCCAGGACUGGACAUCCCAGCCCCUGCAGUCAGAACAGGUCCCAGGACUGGACAUGCCUGCCCCUGCAGUCAGAACAGGGCCCAGGACUGGACAUCCCUGCCCCUGCAGUCAGAACAGGGCCCAGGACUGGACAUGCCUGCCCCUGCAGUCAGAACAGGGCCCAGGACUGGACAUGCCUGCCCCUGCAGUCAGAACCGGUCGCAGGUCUGGACAUCCCUGCCCCUGCAGUCAGAACAGGGCCCAGGAAUGAUAUCUCAUAA